AUGGUGGAACUUUCUUCUGUUGAUCAGCACGCACAUUUUGCAGUUAUCCAUGUAGAUACUAUUUUUCAUUCUGCUCACCUUAUUCCUCUCUAUGGUACUGAUAUGCUCCCCUUAGUGAUGAAAUCCCACCACAUUCUCAACAUAUUCACCCUUUUCUACAUCAACAAGUAUGCUGACCAUCACACCUUCGAAAUAGCAUGUUAG